UUGAGUGAACCUAACAGCAACACAAGAUGAAGAAUUCUUUGCAUGAGUGUGUGUAGGAUUAUAAAUUCUAUCACUCAAUUAAUUUACAUCCUCAUUCUUUUAUUUUUAACUUGUCUCGUGUGUCUGAGAAGAGAUGGUAUGGGCUUAAAGUUUUUGCUUUGGCUACAGUACAGAUUGGGGUGCUCUAGAAAAGUUCUCAAAGGAGAAGCGACCACCAAUUGGGUACAGGCCAUUUUUGGAGGCAUGCGUAGAUGCAGAUGUAAAAGGCGAAGCUCUAAAAUACAUCCCCAAACUAGUGGAUCCUUAAGAAAAGGCUGGGGCUUAUGCUCACAUUGGUAUGGCCGAGCUGCACAUGCUGCUUCACAGGCAAAAGAUAGUGAAACUGACAUUGACAUUUGUACAAAAUGCAGUAGCUUCAUCAAUUUUCAACACUCUAAGAGAUAUAUUAUCCUUGCAAAGUGUUUCUUAAUACUGUAUCUUGGCUUUUUCUUUCUUCUUAAUUUUGUAAGUUUGCAUAUUGUGCGCAUAUUCUUUCUAAGAUCAUAUUCUGAAUGAAUGUACAGGUAGAAAGACUCAUCUUGCAGAAAUGGCGUUCGCU